AUGUCCCAGCUCUUCAGUCAGCGAUCUCGUCACUCAACUUGGCGAAAAUUAUGGCUUGGCCUCGCCGAGAGUGAAAAGGAGCUUGGGAUCAAUACGAUUACCGACGAAGCUUUAGAACAGAUGAGGGCUCACCUUGUAGUCACUGAUGAGGAAUUUGAGGUCGCUCGUAUCGAGGAGAAGAGCCGUCGACAUCAUGUCCACGCCUUUGGAGCUGUUGCCCCUGCAGCCGCGGGCAUUCUCCAUUUAGGUGCCACCAGUUGUUUCGUGACCGAUAAUACCGAACUUAUUUUAGCCCGGGAAGCCAUGGACUUGAUUUGUAGAAAGAUCGCCAAGGUUAUCGCGAACCUCUCUGUCUUCGCCCUCCGUUGGAAAAGCGAGCCGACGCUUGCUUAUACGCACUUGCAAGCCGCCCAACUUAUCACGGUUGGAAAACGAGCGUCCCAGUGGAUUCAAGACCUUAUGCUCGACCUCCAUGCCAUCGAGCAGGUUCGCCAAGAGCUUAAAUUCCGCGGGGCUCAAGGGACAACGGGGACUCAGGCCAGCUUCGUCUCCAUUUUCGAGGGCGAUACUUCAAAAUGCGACCAGUUAAACGAGCUUUUAUGUCAGAAGUUCAGGUUCCCGAGCUGUUACGAUGUUUCUACCCAGACUUACACCCGUAAAGUCGACCUAAUUAUCGCCAACGCCGUAGCAGGACUUGGAUCUACAGCUCAGAAGAUCACUGGCGAUAUUCGGCAUCUCAUGCACUGGAAGGAGAUUGAAGAGCCGUUUGAUGAGUCCUCUCAAAUUGGGAGCAGUGCGAUGCCUUACAAGAGGAACCCUAUGCGCUCGGAACGAGUAUACAGUUUGGCUCGCGAAUUGAUGAGCAAGUGGGCAGAGCGAACCCUCGACGACUCAGCUAUCCGCCGUAAGCACAUGUUGCAAUACACUCGUUUCGAGCCCAAGACUGAUGACGUCAUAGGCAUUGACAUUCCGGAAAUGUUCCUUCUCGCAGAUGCAAUCUGCAUUGGCCUUGACAAUAUUAGCGAUGGUCUCGUGGUUUAUCCCGCCGUCAUUGCUAGUCGGGUGGCGGCCGAACUGCCCUUUAUGAUCACAGAAGAGCUCAUCGUAAAGUUAUCCGCCAAGGGCGUCUCAAGGCAACACGCUCACGAGGAAAUCAGAGUCUUGAGCCACCAGGCCAGCGCCGUCGUCAAGCAGGAAGGAAAGCCGAACGACCUGGUGGAGAGAAUCAAAGCUAAUGAUUUCUUUAAGCCGAUUUGGGGAGAGCUGGACGAGAUGCUCAAGGCAGAGCUGUAUACCGGACGCAGCAGUCAGAUCGUGGAGAAGUAUUGCGGUUCUGGCGGACCCGUGGAAAAGGCCCUUGCGCCGUACGCUGACUACAUCAGGGGCGCCACCACUUCCAAACUCGACGUCUAG